UUUCAUAUCUAAACAAUAUGAGCCAAAUUAUCUUAAAAGAUAUGUUCUGAAAUAAUAAAUUGUGAAUUACAAUAGCACUUUAGCGUUUAUUGGUAACAGUGCUUGUGCAGCAACUAUAAUAAUGAUGGUUAAAAUAAACGAAGAUUUGCAAAGAGAGAGAAACAAGUGUAAUUUUAAUGUUGAAGAAUUAACUAAUUUUAUAGAUGGAGGGGUUCAUGAGACUGAAAAGAGACGAAAGAUUGAACAAAAAAUUCUGAAUACUGAAGGUAUUUUAGAUACAAUUCCUGAAGAAUAUCUAAGUCAUAAAGAGAAGUAUGAGAAUGCUGUUCGUAAAAAUGUUCUCUUCUUGAAAGCGAUGAAGGAAUUGGAAGACCCUAAUGUUUCGCAAUUGGAAAACGCUAAAGCCUUGUUCCGAAGCACAGUUGGUGCGGCUGUGUUCAAAGAUGGCUCGCCCCUGUCGUUGCAUUACAGUAUGUUUAUUCCAACACUCAAUGGUCAGGCGAACGAGGAACAAAAGAAGUAUUGGUUGAAGAAAGCUGUUAAUUGGGAAAUUAUUGGUACUUAUGCUCAGACUGAGCUUGGUCAUGGGACUUUUCUUCGAGGUUUGGAAACCACGGCUACUUACGACCCGAAUACUGAAGAAUUUAUUUUACACAGCCCAACUUUGACUUCUCACAAAUGGUGGCCUGGUGGUUUGGCUCAUACUGCAAACUACUGUGUGGUCAUGGCUCAGCUGUAUACAAAAGGCAAACACUGUGGUAUGCAGCCAUUCAUCGUCCAAAUUCGUGACGAUGAAACUCAUAUGCCACUACCGGGGAUCAAAGUGGGAGAAAUUGGUGCCAAGCUUGGAUUCAACACUGUUAAUAACGGAUUUUUAGGAUUUAAUAACCAUAGAAUUCCUAGAAAUCAGAUGCUGAUGAGAUUUGCUCAGGUUUUGAAGGAUGGGACCUUCAAAAUGUCACCGAACAGUAAGUUAACUUACGGGACCAUGGUUUUCGUAAGGGUUCUGAUUGUCAAUUCAAUGGCAAGCCUGCUCGCUAAAGCAGCCACUGUGGCUAUCCGAUACUCUGCUGUUAGAAGGCAGUCUCAGCCCAAACCCGGGUCUCUAUACAAAGCCUGGAAUGAAGCAUUAAAAGGAAAACCUUUGAGCCCGAUAAUGGCGUACCUGACUGAUAAAACUCCAAUGAAGCGAUGGGAUGGAUCUGUAGAAGGAAUCGUCAGGGCUUUCCAGAAAGUAGCUAGAGGAAAAAUAGAAACAUGUGCGGCGAACAUCGACAAGUAUAGGAAGAGAGGACUGUCUCCAGAAGAUGCUUGGAAUUCCACGUCUGUUCAAUUUGUUGCCGCUACUGAAGCCCAUUGCCGUGCGUUCGUCCUGAAGACUUACAAGGAAGAAAUCGACAGGAAUACAGCUACGAUGUCGGCUACAUUGAAAAAAGUCCUGAACCAGCUGAACGAGAUGUAUUGCGUCUACUGGGCAUUGGAGAAAGUUGGAGAUUUACUUUUGUACACAGCAAUUUCGGGGCCGGACGUGCAAGAAUUGCAGAAGAGAUACGAGGAUCUCUUGGAGAAUAUACGCCCGAAUGCAGUGGGGCUGGUUGAUGCUUUCGAUUUUAGAGAUGAGGUAAAGUUGAAUUUGGUAUAA